AUGAUUAUAUUAAUAUACUUAUGGAUUCUGAGUUGCCUAGUAUCAAGCAGAGGUGAUUUAAGAGAUUUACCAGGGUUCAAAAUGUUUGAAAGUUGUAUAGAACCACCAUCGAGAUGUCCAAACCCAAAUAUAACAUUCCACUUAUAUACAAGGGAAGCGGACAACUAUAUACUAGACUUCACGAAGCCGGAGACCUUGUUGGAAGCUCCUUUUGUGCCGCACGCACCCAUCAAGCUGCUCAUACACGGUUACACGGGUCACAAGGACUAUUCACCAAACACCGAGCUCAGACCAGCAUACCUUGCAUACCAAAACCUGAACGUGAUAUCUGUGAACUACAAGGAGCUGGUGCAACCACCGUGUUACGUGCAAGCAGUGCACAACGUUCCACUGGUGGGCAAAUGCACAAAGAUGCUACUGUUGAGGCUGUUCAGAUUGCGACCGGACCUGUACCUCCGUGACUUGCACGUGGUCGGAUUUAGCUUGGGCGCUCAAGUGGCCGGCCACGUCGGGCGGCUGAUGAACUGCACUAUCCAGCGGAUAACCGGUCUAGACCCAGCAUCCCCGCUAUUCGACACGUUCUUGCUCAGCAACGAAGUGUUGGAUAAAUCGGAUGCAUUGUUUGUGGACGUAGUGCACAGCAACAUAGGCUUCAAAGGAAAAAUGGCCCCACUAGGUCACUUGGACUUUUACGCCAACAAUGGCAUCGCACAACCUGGCUGCGGCACAAAUACGUCGUGCAGUCAUGUGCGGGCUGUUGAAUAUUUCGCAGAGUCAAUAAGCAGCAAAACUCAGUUUUUGGCCGUCAAGUGUAUAAGCUACAUAAUGUACAAAUUGAAAUUUUGCAAGACGUCUGAAACAUCACCAUUAAUAGUCAUGGGCGAACAUGUGAACAGAACCCAAAAAGGAAUUUACUAUUUUAUGACUAACAGUAAACCGCCAUAUGCACAAGGAAUGGAUACGUAUGAAAAGAAAAAAACAACAAACACAUCAUCAACAACUGGCUCAUCAUCACAAAUUGACCAAAACGACAUACCUUUGACUGACCCAUAA